UUAAACUUAUAAAACGCCAAUAAACCAACUUGGUUAAAUAGAAACAAUGUUGUGUACUAUGAAAAAAGUGGCGACGUUUUGCUACCGAGCAUGAAAAGAAAAGAGGAAGCAGCGCACUGAAAAAUUCACGAGAAACGAAUACCGAGUGCGCUCCAAUAUACGCCAUAAAUAUUUAUAGCAAGUGCAUAUUUGUUUUGUUUAAUUCUAAUUUCAGCUGGCGAGAAAACCAAAAUAAAAGUACCUGUAACGUAAUUCAAAACGUUUGCUGACGUGCUGUUGCGUGCGCUGCGAGUUCCGUUGUUGUUGUUGUAGCCAGAGAGAGAGAGAGAGAGACAGACAGCAUCACGACAUGGAGGAUCGCAUGAUGGCCCACACUGGCGGCAUGAUGGCACCCCAGGGCUACGGCCUGCCCGGCCAGGACGAUGGCCAAAAUGCUGGCAACGAGAACGAGGUGCGCAAGCAAAAGGACAUCGGCGAAAUACUGCAACAGAUCAUGAGCAUUUCGGAGCAAUCCCUCGACGAGGCGCAGGCCAGGAAGCAUACGCUCAACUGUCAUCGCAUGAAGCCGGCCCUGUUUUCCGUUCUAUGCGAGAUCAAGGAGAAGACCGUGCUCUCCAUUCGCAACACGCAGGAGGAGGAGCCGCCAGAUCCGCAACUGAUGCGCCUCGACAACAUGCUGAUUGCCGAGGGCGUGGCCGGGCCCGAAAAGGGCGGCGGUGGCGCCGCGGCCGCCUCAGCAGCGGCCGCCAGCCAGGGCGGUUCACUGUCCAUCGAUGGCGCCGACAAUGCCAUCGAGCAUUCGGAUUAUCGCGCCAAGCUGGCCCAGAUCCGACAGAUCUACCACCAGGAGCUGGAGAAGUACGAGCAGGCCUGCAAUGAGUUUACCACGCACGUCAUGAAUCUGCUGCGCGAGCAGAGCCGCACUAGGCCGAUCACACCCAAAGAAAUCGAGCGCAUGGUGCAGAUAAUCCACAAGAAAUUCAGCUCGAUUCAGAUGCAGCUAAAGCAAUCGACCUGCGAGGCGGUGAUGAUAUUGCGCUCUCGAUUCUUGGACGCGCGCCGCAAGCGUCGCAAUUUCAGCAAGCAGGCAUCCGAAAUACUCAAUGAGUAUUUUUACAGUCAUUUGAGCAAUCCGUAUCCAUCCGAAGAGGCCAAGGAGGAGCUGGCGCGCAAAUGUGGCAUAACGGUAUCGCAAGUAUCGAAUUGGUUUGGCAAUAAGCGCAUUCGCUACAAGAAGAACAUCGGCAAGGCGCAGGAGGAGGCCAAUCUGUAUGCGGCCAAAAAGGCAGCCGGCGCCUCGCCCUAUUCAAUGGCCGGUCCGCCCAGCGGCACAACAACGCCGAUGAUGUCGCCCGCACCGCCGCAGGACUCGAUGGGCUAUCCGAUGGGCUCCGGCGGCUACGAUCAGCAGCAGCCAUACGAUAACAGCAUGGGCGGCUACGAUCCCAAUCUGCAUCAGGAUCUCAGCCCUUGAGGAUAGGCUUGCCGCAGCUAAACACAACAAAACACAACUAAUAGAAAGUUCACUUUUUUUUUUCCACCCCCAAUUUCCUACACGUUCUUUUCUUCGUCUUUAUCUCUUUCAAAUUGUGUAUGUAUCGGUAAAUGUGCUGCAGAGCAAAACUGAACGAACUUAACGAAUGUGUGCAUGUGUGUGUGCAGCAUGCAAUCAAUUAUGUAUACGAUUAUGUCUUAAUUAUUAUUAUGUACUGCAAAUAAGAAAAAAGCAAAAAUACAACAACAACAAAUGUACGCACGCACACAUACAGCAACAACUUGCACACAUACGCGCACAUUAACUGUUAUACAUACACACACACACGCUUGCACAGUGGUUCUUAGCCUAUUGUCUGGCAGGCAAAAAAUAUAUAUAUCUUUAAAAUUGAAUAACUUUUGAACCAAUUAAGCGAUUUAAAUAUGUUAAAUGUCAUUUUAAAAUGCGAAAUUAUUUACGUUUCACUUAAAAUUUCAUAUGCCAUCAAUUUUCAGUUUUUAUACAACCUGACCCUAUAUAGCAACUCCUAUACUUUUAUAUUUCUAUAUACAUAUUUAUAUUUAUACGUUUUUUUGAACUCUUGACAUUUAUUAAGUUGGAUCUUUAUCAAAGAUUUUAAACAAUUUUGCACUUUUGAAUCAAUUCUUUUUUAGCUGUUUCCGGCUUCAAAAAGGCUGUUUUUUUCUCGCAUUUUUAUUGCUAACUGAAAGUAGCUAAAACUGAACAUUUAUGGCAUAUAAAACUUAAAGUAAAUAAAUAACAUUUAACAGUUUUCAAUAACUCAAAUUUAUUUAAAAGUUAUUCUUUAGUUAUAUAUUUGUUUUUUUGCCCGCCAGAAAAGGGCUAACUCCCGGCAGCACUUUUCUGGCUAAAUGUGGCUACUUUCAGUGCUGAUCAGCCGUAAGGAGUUGAAAUUUUCAACUGAUUUAGCUAUUUUCUGGCAACUCAAGGCUGUUCAAACACAAUUUGUGCACAGCAAGCUAAAUUCAGCUAUUUUAAGCUAUUUUCCAAUCAAAUUCAGCUUCUUUUUUUUUAGCUGCACUCCUUUGCGUUGCAAUAUCAAGUUAAUUAAUAAACGAAAGCAAAUAAAACUUAGAAUUAUUUUUUUCAAAUAUGCAUCAAUUGUAAUUUGCACAAGUUGAGCCUGAUUUCAAAUUUCUAGCUUUUUGUGUGCUUAGCUUAAGUAAAGUAAAAAAUUUGUUUUCAUUCUAAUCAAUUAAAGCCCAUUUUUUUUUUUUUGGCUUCUACUAAAAACUAACAAGCUUUUUGCGCUUUUACAUUAAUUGUGAACCUCAAAUACGUAAAAAAUGAGAAAUCAGAAGCGAAGCAUAACUUUCAACUAGGCGUUAGUUUAAAUAGUUAUAUAUAUAUAGUUUUUUUUUUUCGUAGUCUAUUUAACGGCAAACUAAAUACAACAACAUUAACAAUUGUAUACUAAAAUUAAAUUUACAACAACAAACGCAUGUAUACCAUGAAAUACGAACGAAGUACAUAAAGAGAAAUAUCUAUAUACACACACACAUAUAUAUAUAUAUAUAUAUAUAUAUAUAUACUUGUAUACCAGAAGAACGAAUGUAUACUAGAACGUAACUCCCAUUUAUCAUGACUAGCGGUAAUACUUGAAAUAUAUAUAUAACAUAUUGUAUACCAGCAAGCGCAGCGUUUGCCACUGUUAUACGCCGUAUAACAGUUCAGAUUUAACCUAACUAAAUUGUCAGCAAGUAUUAAGCGUAAAAAAAAAACUCUUCCCCUGUUUAUGACACUAUUUAUGGCAAAAUUUAAACAAAAGAAAAAACUACAAAAAAAAAAAAAACGUAAAA